AUGACGUGCACUGAUGGCAAGAGCAGAGUACUCCAUAAGUUUUUCAAGAUAAUUGUGCUCUCUCCAGAAGCCGGAAACUGUAGCACAGAAUUCCAGGUUGUCUUGGUGAAGACAGUCUUUGGUGCCCAGGAAAUAUUCCGCGGUUUACACCCAUGGCCCGAUGGACAGGCCAUGCGCAAGAAUCUUGUCCCCUUGAUCUGGAGCGAAUCAGAAAACUUGUUCGCGUCUUCCAGGUCUCCAUUCCACAUCCAAUCUGACGUGGCAUUCGAUAAAACAGCGGCGGGUGAAAUCCUGGUGUGUGGGAAACAGGAGCUCGUCGAGGGCAACAGCUUGUAUACCUCGGCCAAGACGUUUGAGGAGCUUCAAAUCUCCGAGCCGCUGCUGAGAGGGAUCUACUCCGAGAUGAAGUUUGAGAGGCCGAGCAAGAUCCAGGCCGAGACGCUGCCGCUGAUCAUGAAUCCCCCGCACCGCAAUCUGGUGGCUCAAGCGCACAAUGGCUCUGGGAAAACUACAUGCUUUGUUCUCGGCAUGCUAAGUCGCGUCAACACUUCUUUGCACGAACCGCAAGCUCUGUGCGUUUGUCCAACACGAGAGUUGGCACUCCAGAACCAAGCAGUGCUCGAAAGAAUGGCACGCUUCAGUGAUAUCAAAUCGACCUGUAUCAUACCUCCUACGGAAAGUAUCAGGGGCUCACUCCGCGGACAUAUAGUCGACCAAGUUAUCUUCGGUACUCCUGGGUCUUUGGAGAGGGCUAUCGUCAACGAGAGAAACUUAGACGUGCAACACUUGAAAGUGUUGGUGUUUGAUGAGGCUGAUCAUAUGCUAGACCAAAAUGGGUUUCGCGACUUUUCCAUGAAGCUAUUGCGACGCAUCAACAAGCAAGCACCGAGUUGCCAGCUCUUGCUGUUCUCUGCAACUUUCAGCGAAAAGGUGAAGAAUUUCGUGUCCAAAAGUAUCCCGAUAGCAAACCGAGUAUUCGUCGAAAAGCUCGAGCUCUCGCUGGACGUCAUCAAGCAGUACCGUGUAGAUUGUCCCUCUGAAGCUGCCAAGUUUGAGGUUCUCAAGGAUAGAAUCUUCCCCAUUGCCGAGAAGCUCGGACAGUCGAUCAUCUUCGCCAAGAGCCAACGUAGUGUGACCGAGCUGCACGAGAAGCUGGAAGCAGACGGUCAUAAGUGCAGUUCUAUCCAGGGAGGAUAUAGUCCCGACCUCCGUGACAAGAUCAUCGACGAGUUCCGACAGGGAAUAACCAGGAUCUUAAUCUCAACUGACGUUCUUUCAAGGGGGUUCGAUGUCGCGCAGGUCACUUUGGUCGUUAACUUCGAUCUUCCAGUCACGCGGGAUUAUCCCAAGCAGCCGGACUAUGAAACUUAUCUACACCGCAUCGGCCGAAGUGGAAGAUUUGGAAGGAAAGGAGCUGCAUUUAAUCUGGUUGUCACACAGGAGGACACGAGGAUGCUAACUCUGAUCGAGGAGCACUUCGGCAAAACCAUUUCCCCGGUGGCCUGGGAUGACGACGAAGCUUUCGAAAAGGUUUUGAAGGAGGCCGGACUAGCUUAA